AUGAUUGAAGCGCUUCGAAGUUCUUGCUCGCACCGGCGGCGGCGAAGCGGCGGUUCCGGCGCCGGGGUAACGGCCGCGACAUCCGGUGUUGUCUGUCCCGCCACCCUGUGUCCCGCCACCCUAGCUGUGUCCCGCCACUCUGUGUCCCGCCACCCUGUGUCCCGCCACCCUGUGUCCCGCCACCCUGUGUCCCGCCACCCUGUGUCCCGCCACCCUGUGUCCCGCCACCCUGUGUCCCGCCACCCUGUGUCCCGCCACCCUGUGUCCCGCCACCCUGUGUCCCGCCACCCUGUGUCCCGCCACCCUGUGUCCCGCCACCCUGUGUCCCGCCACCCUGUGUCCCGCCACCCUGUGUCCCGCCACCCUGUGUCCCGCCACCCUGUGUCCCGCCACCCUGUGUCCCGCCACCCUGUGUCCCGCCACCCUGUGUCCCGCCACCCUGUGUCCCGCCACCCUGUGUCCCGCCACCCUGUGUCCCGCCACCCUGUGUCCCGCCACCCUGUGUCCCGCCACCCUGUGUCCCGCCACCCUGUGUCCCGCCACCCUGUGUCCCGCCACCCUGUGUCCCGCCACCCUGUGUCCCGCCACCCUGUGUCCCGCCACCCUGUGUCCCGCCACCCUGUGUCCCGCCACCCUGUGUCCCGCCACCCUGUGUCCCGCCACCCUGUGUCCCGCCACCCUGUGUCCCGCCACNUACAGUUUACUGCCGUACAGUUUACUGCCGUACAGUUUACUGCCGUACAGUUUACUGCCGUACAGUUUACUGCCGUACAGUUUACUGCCGUACAGUUUACUGCCGUACAGUUUACUGCCGUACAGUUUACUGCCGUACAGUUUACUGCCGUACAGUUUACUGCCGUACAGUUUACUGCCGUACAGUUUACUGCCGUACAGUUUACCGCCGUACAGUUUACUGCCGUACAGUUUACUGCCGUACAGUUUACUGCCGUACAGUUUACUGCCGUACAGUUUACUGCAGUACCAUGCGUGACUGUACCGUGCCUAACUGUACCGUGCAUGUCUGUACCGUGCCUAACUGUACCGUGCGUGACUGUACCGUGCGUGACUGUACCGAGCCUGAUUGUACCGUGCCUGACUGUACCGUGCCUGACUGUACCGUGCGUGACUGUACCGUGCCUAAUUGUACCGUGCAUGUCUGUACCGUGCCUAACUGUACCGUGCGUGACUGUACCGAGCCUGAUUGUACCGUGCCUGACUGUACCGUGCCUAACUAUACCGUGCCUGACUGUACCGUGCCUGAUUGUACCGUGCCUGACUGUACCGUGCCUGACUGUACCGUGCGUGACAGUACCGUGCCUGACUGUACCGUGCCUCAUUGUACCGAGCCUGACUGUACCGUGCCUGACUGUAUCGUGCGUGACUGUACCGUGCAGCUACUAUGCCGCAGUCCCAAUAAAAAAUUCACGGUAA